AGAAGUGGUGGCCUAUAUCCGGCAGGAAUUUAGCUAGGAAGGUGACUCAUCAGUGUGUUGUCUGCACGCGAGUUAGAGGUAAGACGCUAAGCCCCCUUAUGGGCAACCUACCUAGGGAACGCCUUACACCUAGCUACCCUUUUGAUCGUAGCGGAGCUGAUUACUCAGGGCCAGUGUUCGUUUUAAGCCGCAAAGGUAGGGGCGCAAAAUUAAUAAAAUCAUACAUCUGUUUAUUUAUUUGUUUUACUACACGAGCUAUACACUUGGAGCUUGUCAGCGACCUAUCCACUGACGCAUAUCUACUCGCUCUCAAGCGGUUUAUUUCCCGACGUGGAAAACCAUGUCAAAUUUUUUCUGACAAUGGACGCAAUUUCGUAGGUCUUUGUAAUGAUUUCGCUCAGUUUUUAUCUUCAUGUAGCAAAGACAUUGUUGAUUACGCUAGAAGUCAAAAUAUCGAGUUUUCUUUUAUACCUCCAUAUUCCCCUCAUUUUGGUGGCUUGUGGGAAGCGGGGGUGAAAUCGUGCAAGUACCACCUGCGGCGAGUGGUUGGUGGUGCCCACCUGACCUUCGAGGAGCUUACCACAGUACUGACCCAAAUUGAAGCGGUACUGAACUCACGGCCGCUGGCACCCCUGUCGUCGGAUCCAGCAGACUACUCUCCACUCAGCCCUGGACACUUCCUCAUCGGCCGACCUCUCACAGCGCCAGUAUGCGAGGAGGACCUGACGCAGGAACCGAUACAUCGGUUGACCCGAUAUCAAAGGGUUGAACAACUACGGCAACAUUUCUGGACGCGUUGGGCCAAAGAAUAUGUUUCGGAGCUGCAGACCAGGACCAAAUGGAGGCAGAAUUCGGCGGAACUAUCACCGGACCAGCUGGUUCUGAUCAAGGACUCUUCUCUACCCCCGCUGAAGUGGCAGCUCGGUCGUGUCGUGAGAACGAUUAACGGCAGCGAUGGUAUUGCCAGAGUAGCCGACAUCAGAACGUCGUCGGGAGUCCUGAGGCGAGCUUAUACCAAGAUAUGUCCACUGGUGGACAACGAACACUCAUGGCGAGAGACUUAGACUGCAGAAGACGUUGUAAGCUACUGCUUUCAAGGCCGCGGGCAUGUUGGGUAUUAUAAUCUGUGCGUGUCAUAGAGUAAAGACGGCUAGUAGGUAAAAACGUUAAUAUACCUACGCCAAUCAGCUGAUCGAUUCGGGAACGUUAAAAUUUACGCGCGUACGUCAAGGUCGCUGAUUGGCUAAUUGUUCCCCAAAUUUCCCGUUAUCCUUGACAUUUGUAAAAUUUGAAUAUACGCUAAAUUUCUAUCACUGAGGCUAGACGUAUUAUUUCUCUCUCCCAAAAAUUACUAUCUCUGCAGUAGAAAAUCAGUC